AUGUCCACAGAGCCCGUCAUCAAACCUCAAGGAGAGAUCCCAAAGGACCUCAUCACGCCCUUAGAUCCCAAACUCUACGCUCCUAAUCCUGAAGCUCUUGCCUUCCUCAAAGCGACCGUCACACCCGAUGAAGAUGAGCUCCGUACCAGAGCUGAGGAAGUGCAGAAGGAGGCAUACGUGAAGUACCCCUAUCCGUGCAUCCGGGGCUUCCACCACAUCGCCCUAUUUAUGAGCGACAACACUGCCUAUCAACGUGUUCUGGAGCUCGGUAAGUCUGAUCCGUCGGCAAUCCUACUCGACAUUGGCUGUUGCAUGGGUACGGAUGUACGCAAAGCGGCAUACGAUGGCUAUCCCGGCUCGCAGAUUGUCGGGUGCGAGCUGGUCCCAGAGUUCCUUGCGCUCGGACACAAGCUGUACGCGGACGCACAGACCUCACCUAUCCGCUUCAUCCAAGGCGACGUGUUCACAGUGAAGCUUCCAUCGCCCGUCCAGCCUGUAUCUCCUUCUAGCACGCCGCUGCCGCAAGUGAAUUCUCUUGAUGGCUUGCUUGGACGUGUGGCUGCGAUAUACACCGGCGCGCUGUUCCAUCUCUUUGAUGAGAGCACACAGCACGCGUUGGCGCUUCGGCUUGCGCUCUUGGUGAGGCAGGGCCAGCCUGCCAUCAUCUUUGGGAGGCACCAAGGCUUAGCAGAGGCCGGGAUGAUCGACGAUGGCUACGCGAAGACUCGCUACGGCCAUUCACCUGAGUCGUGGGUCGCCCUCUGGAAGCAGGUCUUCACCGCCGUUCGCGGAGAGGAGUUUGCGCGGGACAAGGUCAAGAUCGAGGUCAGGCUUGACCAGAAAGGAUACGGGAAGUCCAUCGAGAUAGCAGGGCAGACUCAUUUCGGAGUGCUGUACUGGAGCAUCGCGAUCUCGGCUUGA